CUAUCCAAUCGGAUCACACGCACACUACACUGCCCGUUAGAAGCAUGGCGCUGCGGGAGCUAUCUUCGUUGGAGAAAUAUUUAGGAUUAAAAAAGCCGAACAAGUACAGCACACAGGGGGAUAAAAAGGUGACAUGACCCGUUUCUUAUUUUGCUUUAAUCCUAAACUUCAUACUACAGUACUACUCUGUUUUAAAGCCGUAAAGCGAGUGUAGAUAGCGCCCAGGAGCUAGCAGUAUAUGCUAACAAGCUAGACCCGUGUGUCAAAGAAGGUCUCUUUUGGCUUAUCUAUUAUGUAAAAUAAGGUGAUGUUUUACUAUAGACCUAUCUAUUAAGCAGAAAUUCAUGACAUCUCAAGGUAACGUGGAUGCCGGUUGUUUCAUUUUUACUACUCAGCAUAAUGAAAAUAGCAGUAUGCUUCGCGCAUGCGCAGGGGAGGAGUGGUUGUGCUGUACCAAUAGAGAAUGAAUGAAUAAUCCAGGAGAGGGGUGACAGUUGAAGAUGGAAAGGCUGUGAUUUUUUGGCUUUUACACUAUUUUUAUCUCACCCUUGCCUCUUUGCUCUCUCUCUCUCUCUCUCUCUCUCUCUCUCACCUGUCCAUACAGAUACCUGUCUUACAGAAUAAUAAUGGUCCUCCGCUGGUGGGGCUGGUGACCAUCGCCUGUCACCUGGUGAAAGAAGCCAAGCGCCCAGAGCUGCUGGGGGACUCUGCAGAGAGCAGGGCUGUGGUGCAGCAGUGGCUGGAGCACCGAGUCACCAAGCUAGACGGCUGCACAAAAGAAGAUAUGAAGACUAUUCUGAAGGUAGUAGGCAUGUGCCGAUAUGACAAAUUUGAUAUCACGAUAUUGGUGGCCCAAAAUAUCAGGAUUCACGAUAUUAUCACGAUAUUAGCGCAGUGCUUUUAACAUUAUUAAAAACGGCAAAAAACUGCGAAAUCACUUCUCUGUGCACAGCAUGACACGCACAAACAAUAUGAGCAAGAGGCAGCAAACGCAACGUUGGGAGCAUUAGUUUUUUGGAGCUAAAGUUAGCAGAAACGUCACUAAUGUUGUCAAUAAUAAGUAGUAGUGUAGACCGAUGCUGGAUGGUGUUCAUGGAGGUGGGCACGUAGGUUUGAAGUGUUAGAGAACGGUGCUGCAACUUCCUUACAGCAUAACCUGCAGAUUUGUGUCAGGUAAAACGUCCAUACUGCCGACGAAACCUUUUUAAUAGGGGGAUACAGCUGAGGUGUUUCUUCAUUCUCAGUCUCCGACUGUUCUUGGUCCGGCUGCAUCGUUACGUUGGUUGGAAGUUGGAACGGGUGCAUUAAUAUUUUUUUCUUCUUCCAACUGUUUCCGGUUCACAGAGUGGACACACUCCAACAGUGCUUUGGGUGGCCGCAAUGCAUUGUGGGUGUUUUAAAAUUUCUUAAUUUUCUCUUUUAAUGUUCUCGUUUUUGUCAGGCUGGCAUUAAUUCGAGAGUUUGUUUUUGGAUGUGGGACUACUUUUGUGGUGGUUUGUUUGUACAUUUUGCUACCAAGGCUUUUUUACGGUGGGUAAGGCUACAACCGGGUUAGGUUGGUAAAUACUCAGCUUCGCUCGCCUCCGCAGAGUGACGCUGCCACUACAUUAUAAUUGUGGAACGAUUAUUACAGUACCCUACGAUUUCAUCAUAAAUUCAAUGAUGUUUCUCUUGUUCUUCAUUCAAACUUCUAUCUCAGUUUGCAGAUGACAGUUCAUCCAAAUAAGUCAUUAAAAACUGGUCCUUACCUUCAAAAGGCACCACAGCAUCUCAGUUUUCUCCUCUCUUGGCAGCUGUGUGUGCAUGAGUGCUUAGUUUUUGCAGGCAAAGGCGACAGGAAUACAGACUGAUGUAUGGCCCUUCAGUGACAUGGCCCCACAUGACAGAGAAAAAUGCUUUAAUGUGCCUGACGCCAGUCAGCGUGAAAUGGAUCACCAGCCACUGGUCUGCUGGACGCAUAGCGCCUCUUGGCACUGUUGUGUCAGCGUGGAGUGUUUACGUGUGUGUCUGUGUGCGCACACUUCUCAGCAUGACACGCACUUGUGGCAUGGCUGAGGAAUCAUGCUGUGCGGCAGCAUGUUUUCUGGACAGGCCUUUUAAAUAUUUUAAUGGUGCCACUUACAGAAGGAAGUCGCCCAGAGCAGCUCAGUCGUGUCGCCCGGUGGCCCCCUGUCCUGUCCUGCUGCUUUGGCUCCAUCUUUAACACCCCCCUCACAAGCACACCAGUCAUCUUCCAUUAUAUUGUCCGGAGAUAAAAACUGUCAACUGCAUGGAGUUCUUAAACUUUCUCACCCUUGAGUGCAAAUGAAGAAUUCAUAGUUUUUUCAAGCUGAGACUUGUUUCUUUAGGGAACGCCGUGUCACGCAUGUAGUUUGAUUUAGACAAGAGAGGCUAGAGAGGACAUGCAUGUAUUAAGUUCAUUUUAAUUUUAGAGCACUUUCAAAGACAUAAGUAUACAACACAAAGCAUAAACAACAAGUUGACUCUAUGAGCUGUUCAACAUGAAUCAGUAUUUAGGUGUGUUAAAUGUGAGAGGUUCACUGCCUCAACCUCCAAAGGACAUCCGGUAAGUUGAGAGUUUGGAAAAGUCUGCCCUACCUCCAUAAAUCAGUGAGACUAGGAGUGGAUUCAAGUUUGACGAAGUUGCUUACCAGUUGUUUGAAAAGUGAAACACACAGUCAAAUAAAACACAACUGAAUAAAUGCAUGCAGUUUGUUCAAACGUUGUCUUAAGUCAACAGUUGCACCAACAUCUUUACAACAGGCAGCAGGCAUGCGUCAGUUAUGAAAGACUGGAAAGUUUACUGAAUGCUUAAUUAGACCGUUAAAUGCACAGUGCCUGUAAUGUGUCUUGAUAGAAUGUAUAGAUUGAUGGUCAGCAAUGAUAGAAAGUAGUCCCUUCACUAUUGUGGCACCAGAUAACUGUCAACAGAGGCUAAGUUAAAGUGCAUUUAAAAAUAAUAAGUACAAAGGCAUUUGUGAGUGCAGCUCCGUCUAAUGAUUGAAGACCCUCUGAGUAUAUGGUUGUUUACUUGGAGCUUUACUUUGCAUAACAAAACAAUACUUUUUACAAAUAAUAUUGACAAAAUUGUGACCCGAUGUAAACAUGGUCAGAAACUAUUUUGCUCUCAAAGACCCACAGCUGCACUAAUUACCCAAGAAAAACCUGCAGGUCUCACAUUACAUGUCUCCUCCAAUAGGAGAGCUGCAGUGGUAAUCGGCUUCAAUUCAGUGUUGUUUUUUUCCACGACGAAGACGUGAUGUUGAUGAGCUAAACAUAAGUCUUAGAUGACUAAAAUGUGACAAGGCAAAUGUGUGUUUACAUUGACGAGACAUGACGUCAAUGUAAACACGUCAGUGGUGGACGAAGAACAGAAUUGCAAAAUUCAUGAGCAUUUCGUCAGUCAAUUGCUAAACAUAUAUUCUGCAGUGUUGUUUUCGUUGGCGAUGAUGUUGACGAAAACUUUUCCGUCAACGAAAACAACACUGCUUCAAUUAAAGUUUAAAGUAAAACUAUACAACUGUUCAGUCUCUCAGAAUUCCAAUCAGGUUAAAUAACAGAAAUGAUUAAAUAUCUGUCAAAUGAUCAGUAGUGCACAAACGGCUCUAACAGCAUUAAUGUUAUAAGAGCUGCUGAUUUUAUAGUUGGUGCAUGACCCACCCAAAGGGCGAAAAACAAGACUUCAAACAAGGAAUUUUUCACGUUUUUUUCAAUUUCAGAAACAAAGUUGGUACCUAACUCUGUACGUUUAAAUGUAGCUGCAAGCUUUAUCACAUUGUUUAAUGUGACUGUACCAUCCAUAGAGCUUACAUUCAUGGCAGGGCCAGGUAGAAAAGAACCCAGGUUGAAGCUCCAUGUGCUGGAUGGGUGUGUCUGGAGAGCUGUCCCUCUGCUGAUGCUCGAGUGGGCUUCAGCUUCAUGGCUGCAGGCUAGGAAAAGCAAGGAUCUGAUUGUGGAAGGAGAGGAAGUCUGCAGUCUUCAUGCCUUGUUUGGCAUCACCCACUCUUGCCGCACAAUAACUCCAUUUGCCCCCAAGAUGCUCAGUGUGCAUGGAGUGUUUCCUUUGCACAAUGUACAAGUGCUAAAGAUGGUCCCCUUCCCCUGGGACCAGCACUGCCAUGCACGACUUUGCACACACAGACAUGGCCUGAGAAACACACAUCAUGAUGCCCAAGUUUAGGACAGCUUCAUUAGAUUUGCCAGCUAGAGUUGUAUUCAUUUGGUAGUUGAGUAAACAAAUAGCCUGUUUUGUAGAGCAUCUGUGCUUAGUCCCCAGUCAUGGGAAGGGAUGCUCUACCCCCUCGGGUUACAUAUUAUUCCUACCCACAAAGCACAGAUCAUAGACACACACACGCAAGCGAGGCUCCAGACUCACGCACCCACAGAUAUAUAGGUUAACGAACCUGCUAUCGUGCCUCCCUCAUAUACAUGAAGUGUCCAUAAUGAGAGCUGCGUUUUACACAUGAAAUAUUCAUUUUAUUCAUGAACUUCUUUGCAGAGUUGCGUCUUCAUUUUAAUUUCUCUCUGUUUGAGUUUGUUGUUAAAGCAGAACAAGUCAUUGGACAAACAACUGCACCUCAAGGAGGCUUCAUUGGUGAUUCACAGGAAUGUCCCCCUCAUGUUUAAUGUAUUCAGCUCUCAUGCAAAGACAGAAAUGCAUACCACAGUGUAUAGAUUAAUGAGCUCAUUUGCAUAGCUGCUUAUGUUAUGAACAUGUAUUCUUGCAGGAUCUCAACCUCUACCUGCAGGAUAAGGUCUACCUGGCUGGCAACCAGUUCACCCUAGCUGAUGUUUUCAUCUACUGUGGAGUCCAUCCUCUCAUAGUAAGUCAUCAGGAUUCAGAUUUUUUUUAUUGCCAUCUGUGAUCGAAACUCUAUUCUAAAUAUGUCUAUACUUUAAAAUCUAUGUGGAUUGUCUGAUAAACUUUAUAGAAAACUUCAGAAUUUCCUCAGUUUUCCGAAGCCUAUUCUUGGGUUAAUGUGAUUGAUACGUUUUGCCUCUGUAUCUUUUCCAAGGAGGCUCUCACCCACCAAUCCGUCCAUCCCUCCAUCCAUCUCUUUCCCUCCCUAUCAGUGCUCACUUCAGUCAAACCACAACUUUAAUAAGCAAUUUGUCACUGUGCAUAACACACAAUCAGACCAGUCAUACGGCCAAAGGCCAUUAAGAGCAAGUUGGCAAUAAACACACGGGUUAUAAACACAUUCUCACUUCUCGUUAUAAAGUGAUGUGGCACAAAGUGAUAUCUUUAGCCCCGGACCAGGAACAAGCAAGUUUGUUAUGCCUUCCAGGAUUUAGAAAAAGUGAUUCCAGAAAUGGGAGAGACGGAAUGAGAGGGAGGGAGGGAGGGUGGGAUCACAUGUUGAGAGAUGUCAGUGGUUGUGGCGGAGAUGGAAGGUUGCCUCCCGCCACCAGGCAGAGGAGCGUCACUUUGGUUUGCAAUCAGUGCGCUUUUUAACCUCGGGGACCAGGGGUCAGCUAGCCCAACCCUUAACCAGCGCCUGUCCUGAUGUUCAAUUCAUGGAAAACAACAUUACACAAACAUUAAACCUGACUGAUGCUGGAAUGGUUUUAGGCUGAACUGUUGUCUAAGUGGGUAUUUCCACAUUCGAGUUAAUUAGAUGACGAAAAAGCACAUGCUUAAUAAGAUUUUUUUUUCCAAGGACGUCCUGAUACAUCCUGGUCUUUGGCUGUUUUCUUGUUCUGUUCCUCCUGCAUUUUGCACUAACAGGGAAACAGGUGUCUUUGACUCCUGCUGUUAAAAGUGGGCAGUUCCUUGAACACUAUAUCAGACUACUUCAUACAGUAAAUUUAUACUCUACUCAUCUCCAUCUCGGGGUACUUCAGGUCACUGAGACUUUUAGACCCCCAACAGAUGAUGGCUCUGGACUCGCUCUGGCUAAAAUUAGAAAGGCCUGUGAAGGUCAGAGCAGUUUUUGUGAUGAGGUCAUAGCCGUCCAAAUUAUUACUAGAUCACCAUCUGCAUUUCCUGUCAGAGACUUCAACCUGACACAAGCAAAUCUUUUGAUUAUAUUUACCAGGAAGGGUAUUUUCUGUAAUGUGUAAAAGAACAGAAACUUUCCAAAUCUGGUAAACAGGUCUUAAAACACGUUUGUUUUCUGCAUUUUCCCUUUAUAUUUAUUUGUCACACAUUAAAAAAAAACAGGAAAACACCAUGAAUGCUGGAUAAAGAAGACUGAUCAGCAUUCGUUAUAGCUUCCAUGUUUUGUUUUUGAUAAACUUCUCUCUCUCUCACCUAGGUUGACCUGGCAGUCCAGGAAAAGGAGCAGUAUGUGAAUGUAACGAGAUGGUUCGACCACAUCCAGCACCACCUGGGCCUCAAACACCACCUCCCCCCAGUAGUCGUUCUCAGGAACAGAAUUUACACUAGCAGACAUCACUAAAACCUGAUCCCAGCCUGACAUUUCACAAGCUCAUCUGUCAUCCGGACGAUCCUGGGAAGAUUAUUCCCCGAAAUCCUGAAGAGUAUCACGUUAUCAUCAUUGUUACAUCGGAGGCUAACUCCUCAGCCCGCCUGUGUUUGGUUGUUCAUUUUAUGAAUCACGAUUCCUGCCUUAAUGUUUUGAUUUUCGUCACACACCUGAACUCCCUCACUUGUUUUGUAGAAGAUAAUCCAGGAAGAUCAUUAAAGUUCUUAAUUUAACUGCUUUAAAGUUUGAGGUACUGAGAAUCCAUCGAGGGAGUUCUUCGAUCAGUCUAUAUUCUUUGAAAAGUCAGUGUUUUUAAUACUCAUAAUGCACAAAACCCAGAAUGACUGUUGUAUUAGACUCAUGCAAAAGAUGAAGUGAGCCUUAUAGCGCGCUAACACUUUAAAUAAGUUAAUUAACUGUAACUACCAAGAAAAGGUAGGAGAAAGGUGCGUUGGUCUUUUGUUGUCGCAGGCCAUUCAGAAGUAUACAUUUAUAUGGUUGUUUUCAAAGGGAAAUGCUACUAGUGUGUUAAAAACAUGUUUUUUUUUUCUAUUUAUGAGUAAUCAUUUGUUGUUGCAAGUGUCGCAGGUUGAAUAAAGACUUAAGACAAUGAUACUUGACAAGGCAGCACUUUAUUUCCUUAGGAAAGGCAGCCUCUUUCAUGCCAUAUCAAUGCAUUCCCAGCAACAGUUUGUCUGAAUAGAUGUGUUUACUGGUUCGACAUAACCCCAUAACAACCGCAGACACUGCUGAGUCCACAUUGUUCUGCCAUCUUGGCCCUGAUGACUACAGUGGGGUCUCUCGCAGCUCAUGACUGUGCUGUUGGUGUAUUCUUUCCUCCUAUUUCAUGUUUCACUCGCAGACAGUUAAGUUUCUGUGUGUGUGUGUCUCUGAUUACAUCCCUGCUCUCUGUCCCACUUCCUCUCCACCAGUCAGUGUGGGCAGCAGUGAGCAGUUGAGCGUCAGCCCCAGAGUCAGAGAUCAGAGUGAGGCUCCAAUCAGUCCCACUACCACCACUGUUGAUGCUGCAGGCCACAGAGAGGGCAGCGGGCUCACCAGCUGCCACACAGAUCCAGCCAGCCAAGGCCAGAACCCAGGCCCCUGGGCGACAGUCAGCCACUGUGUGUCAUUUCAACCCUCACGCUCCCACAGGGGCUACUGGAGAGAGAGAGAGAGGGACAGAGGGAGGGAGGGAGGCCACUGAGAGAGAAAAAGAGCACCCAGAGGCCGAGAGAUCUUUUUGUGACAUGUGAACAAUGAUCCGUGCGUCUGAAAGCCUUUCUGCUGCUGGCUGGAUGUUUGCUAUUAGCACCAUUAACAAGUCAAGUUGUGGCAGCAGAACCUGCUAAUGAAUAUUAUGGAAGUAAUGAUACAUGCACUGAGAAGAGUGGGCAAAUAUAAAACAACAGGCGCAUCCUACUGGAGCUCAUCCAUGGACUAAAUCUGUGAGUUUGUCACGUAUGUAUGUAUUUGUGUUUGCAUCAAUGCGUCUCUUAUUCCUGGUGGAUUUCUGUGAAAAUGCUGCGAUUUCAACCCUGAAUUAUCUCCCCUCUCCUUCGCCACAUAUCAGUGUAUGUGGCUUCAGUGUUUUCCAGUAACUGAUGUUAGCAUUAUGUUCACCCUGUUUCAAUAAAUCACAGCGAUGCGCUGCUCAUGACCCCUGA